UAUAUCUAUGCAUUUGCCUAAAUUAAAUGAGGAAAACAAACCACUUUGCUAAUUACAUUUAUUUGCAUACAAACUACACUAAUAAUUAUAAUUUCAUUCAUAAUCUAUCCAUUGUAAGAAGCUAGGAAAAAAAAAAUGAAGUUUUCGGUUACUAGUGUUGUAGUUAGAGCCCUAGUUCUAACAAUGCUUAUAUUGGCAAUAAGCCAUGUGGGUCAAUCUCAAGAUUCGAAUUGGAAUCAAGGACGAUCAAAAUCGAGCUAUGGUCGAAAAGACUAUGGUAAUGGUAAGCCCCCUAGGAAUAGCCCUAGUCCAAUCCCUUCAAGUCCUCCUCUAACUCCUCCCGUUGUUCCUCCAAGUGCUCCUACCCCAACUACACCUUCUGGUUUGCAGGUCGGCUUCUAUAAAGGUCUAUGUCCUAACGGACUAGAAAAUAUUGAGGAAGUGCUCUUAAUCAAAGUUCAAGAAGAGUUCCAAAAGGAUACAUCUAUUCUCCCUGCUCUCCUUCGCAUGCAAUUUCAUGAUUGUUUCGUACAUGGAUGUGAUGCAUCAAUUCUUAUUAAUGGACUCUCCACUGAGAAAACGGCUGGUCCAAACCUUAGCGUAAGAGGGUAUGAAGUGAUUGACACCUUAAAAGAUAUAGCAGAAGCACAAUGUCCCGGUGUUGUUUCAUGUGCUGACAUUAUUGCUAUUGCUACUAAGGAAGUUCUUAGAUUGGGAGGUGGACCAAAUUAUCCCGUACAAACAGGGCGAAGAGAUGGUCUAGUGUCAAGAGCGCAGGAUGUAAAUCUUCCAAGUCCAUUUUUGACAGUAAGUGAAACCAUUUCGGCAUUUGGUGAUAAAAAUUUUACACCAGAAGAAAUGGUUAUUCUUUUAGGUUGUCAUACAGUAGGCGUCUCAAAUUGUGCAUUUUUCCAAGAUAGACUUUACGAAGGUACUAGCCGAUUUGACCCACUGAUGGACCCAGAUCUUCGACAGCAACUAAUGCCAACAUGCCCUAAGGGCACAACAUCGAACAAUUCCACAUUUCUUGAUCAAAAUCCACAAAGCUCAAACAUAGUUGACAACUCUUUCUUUGAUCAAAUCCUUGAGCAAAGAGGAAUUCUCCCAAUUGACCAAGCAUUAGCUCGUGAUCCUAAAACGACACUCUUUGUACAACAAUUCGCGCAAAGUGCUUCCUUAUUCAACUCUAAAUUGGCUAGUGCCAUGGUGAAAAUGCAAGCACUUGAUGUCCUUACCGGUAGCCAAGGAGAAAUUAGAAAAACUUGCAGUAGUUUCAACUAA